CCACUUCGAGUACCGUAGGAAGGCAAACACGACGCAGGCUGCAGCAUUUACCGACAAAUUAUAGGUAGUUAUUACUGGUUUCCUCCCACUAUUUUUACAAAAAGAAUUAUUUAUAAUAUUUGAAAAUUUGUGAUUUUUGGCAAUACGCUCAGAUGGACGGAGACGAUGCUGCUCAUACUAAAACACUGGAGAAGCACGAAAUAAUCGGUAGCACUUGUGAAUACCACUAUGGAAAUGUGGAUUAUAUUGCGAGAGGAGCAUUUGGUGUUGUUUUCAAAGCCACGAUAUCAAAGCGAGGCAGUUUUACAGGGGACAAAUUUGUUGCGAUUAAAGUUGUUCAUCUCCCUAACCAAGUUGAAAUAUUCGAGAAUACGGAAAAUUACAGCAGAUGGCGCGAUCGACUGAGGAUCCUCAUCGAGCUCAAGCACGACAAUAUUGUUACGUAUCACAAAAUCAGUAUUACCGAGGCUUCUGGAGGAGCAACCGUGGAGCUUAUGAUGGAUUACUGCAAUGGUGAUCUAGCAUUGUUAAUGCGCAGAAUGAGAGAAAGUCAAUACCAACUUGAAUAUGCAACUGUCCUCAACUACACUACCCAGAUAACAACCGGGCUGGAAUUUCUGCACGAGAAGAGCAUUAUCCACGGCGAUUUAAAGCCGGGAAACGUUCUCCUAAAACCCACAUCAGGCAACGCUACACCUUCUUCUCUUGCCACAGAUCACCGGCUGGUAAUCGGUGAUCUUGACGAUCUUGUCCAAAUGCAGCAGAACGUUACUGGCUCCAAGGACAUCUCGCACUUUCGCGGUACCACGCGCUACACUUCUCCAGAAAUGCUAAAAAAGUUUGCACAAAUCCCGACCGAGACACCCGGAAGAAAAACUGAUAUUUGGAGCUUGGGUUGCAUUGUCUUGGAGUUGACUGCCUGGUUUUUGGGGGACGUAACACGGAAACUUUGCAAAGGCAAAGACAUAACUAACGAUGUUAAUAAGCUCUCCGACAGUCGCUUCGCCAGUCUGAUUAUGGAUGGCUAUGUCCCAUUGGUCAGUGAAUCCAUACCGGCUAAUCUCGCAGCAUGCAUUCAGGCCUGCUUAAUCCACGAUCCCAAACAGCGAAUUUCGGCGGCCGAGAUGCUGCAACAGCUGCGCACCCCCGUAUGCGGCAGCACACAACACAUACUCGUGUAUUUUUACGAAAUCAUUCGAUCUAAAGGUUCCGUUUCUUCACAAGCAGGCAAGCAGUGUUUUGCGCACAUAUUCGAUCCUGCAACCAGCAAAAUGCAACACGUCGGUAUUCCUGAGGAUUUGCAAAAGCGGUAUAUUUCCGAAGAUUUUGGAGGCCGCAGUAUUGUAGCUACGGAUACAGAGUUACUUUAUAAUGUCAUAACGCCUUCGAAGGUUAAUGUCCAAAACGAAUUAGUAGCUUGGCAAGUCGAAAAGCAGAUCUGGCAGUCAACAAAUCUCUCCAGUGGUUGCUUAAUGCAGCAUCCGGUUGUUCUGCGGGAUAAAGUCUAUUUUUGGUGCGGAAAUGCUGACGAACUGACGUUCGUCAAGGCGGAAAUUUCUACUGGACACGCUAGGAAGCUGGCACGGCCGGGAGGCGAAAGAUUCACAAGCGUACGUUGCGGGGUAGCCCUAAAGAAAAGCGUACUGUACAUUCUGGCGGACGACAAAGCCGGCAUGACCAGAGCAAUGUGGCUAGCGUCUUUCGAUACCUCGUUCAAUAACGCAUCGGGCACUUGGGAAUCUCUGUCAUACCUACCACAACCACGCCGGCUUUUUGCCAUGGUCACAAUUGACGAAGACAUUUACAUUGUCGGCGGAAAGCUGCAGGAACUACCGGACUCGACCACGCCAUUUAUGGAGAAGUGGCCCGCCACAGGAUCGUGCCUGCGUCUGAAUAUCAAAACGCGCCGAUGGCGAGAAAUACAUUCUUUGAUACAACCGAGAUGGGACCAUUCAGCAUGUGUGAUUAAUAAGCGCAUAUAUGCUUUUGGCGGUAUGACACCGGACGGAAAACAUGCACAAACGAUGGAAAUGUACGAUACAGAGCUCAGUACCGGCUGGUCAACGGUUACAGUAUCCAUGUCCCAAGAGGUUCGAGAACAGUUACUAGUUGUGGCAAAAGAUCCUUUUCGUUGGGCUACGGCGUCCGCAGCUUCGCGCCGCGAAUAAGAAGGCCGCGCUUUAAUUUUACCGUUUUACGAAAACGUUAGCCGGUUAAUGCAUAACUGCAUAAGCAAAUGCUGCGAAAUCGUGAAGGUUGUUCUGUGAUACUGAGAAGAUCAUUAAGGAGCGUUCUGAAGUUGCUCCAGAUUUACGCGCUUCCGCUUCGCUUUUGUAUACCAUAUCUGGGUGAUCGCAGAAUCGCAUGAUAAUGCAAAAUGCGGUUAAUUCCACUGAUUAAAAUGGC